GUGUGUACCUGACAUUUAAAUCUGAAUCACGUUAUCCUGUACAGGUAGGAGGACCAGGAACAAUAAACACCUGGGACCCGCCAUGUUGGAUUUUUGAAGUUUUUUAUGGUGGAAGUUGUUCUAAAAUGAUAAGUUCUGGCAGCCUUUGUACAAAGUUCGAUACAGCUGAGAACUAAUUGCCGGUAUAUUGUGCUGACAAAGGACAACAAUAUGUUAUCUACAUGUAGAUUGUGGACAGAGAAUGCUGCAACUUUAAAAUCCCAUGGGUAGCUAAGGGACCAGGAACUAAGAUUAAACACUUAGAUCCCGCCAUGUUGGAUUGUGACGUCUGUUAGUUUACCAGUGAAAUUAAAUUGAAUAAAUGCCCUCCUAGAUUGUAAAGAAAAAGUCUGCUUACAAUGGACCCUUGGAACAGUGCCCAUGAUGUUGUACGCUGCACCCUGUGUAAAACAUCUAUUGCCCCCAUGUACUGUGAAGUUUGUCAUAUACAUCUGUGUGGAAACUGUGUUGAGAAACAUUUCUCUGAUUCCUCUAAAGUUCAUAAAGUGGUGCCACUUAAACAGUAUCUAACCACUCUGAACUAUCCCAAGUGUAGGAAACACCCCAACAAACAAUGUGAACUCCACUGUGAACAAUGUGACAUUCCUAUUUGUGCACAGUGUAUUUCUGGGGAACAUUUGGGACAUAAACCAGUUGACAUUUUAAAAACCUUUGAAAGCAAAACGGAAAAGUUGCAAAAAGAUUUGCAGGAAUUAGAGAAAUUCAUUUAUCCUAAAUACAAAAAGAUUGCAUCCAACAUCCCAGUGCAAAAAGCUGAUCUGAGUAAAAACUCCCGGAAAUUGACAACAGCAAUUGACAAACAAGGAGAAGUCUGGCACAGAGAAAUAGACACCAUUAUCACAAACCUGAAAUCUAACGUGGAGGAAAUGGAAUCCAAACACCUGCCAAUCCUAAAUAAACAGGAAAAUGAAAUCACACACACCAUUUCUGAAAUCACACAGACCAUUGCUGAACUGAAGAAGCUACUGAACUCCAAAGAUGUCUGCCUUGUCUCUGAGUACAAAUCAAGGAAUGCUGAAUUCAGAAGAUUGCCUCCUAAACUCAAAGUGUCCUUACCAAACUUUAGGCCUCAGAAAAUCCACACAGAUCAGCUGAUUGAACAGUUUGGUUCUCUGUCAGCAUUAUCUUUUACAACAGAGAAACAAGACUACAGCAUGCCGACCCAGGGAGCCGAGUCCUCUCCCCCAGACCAGUCACUGAUGGAUGUACCCCGGGUCAUCACAGAUAUAGGCACAGGGUAUAGACAUCUAUUCGGUGUGACGUGUCUGAAUGAUACAGAAGUAUGGACGCGUGGUAAUGACAACAUGAUGAAACUCUUCAACCUGCAGGGAGAACUAGUGGAGUCCAUCCAAACCAAGUCUGGGAACGAUCCAAUAGACAUAGCAGUGACAAGGAGUGGUGAUCUAGUUUAUACUGGUUACAGUGAUAGAACUGUGAACAUAGUGAAGAAUACACAGAUACAGACAGUGAUCAGACUACAGGGGUGGAGACCUUGGGGUGUCUGUAGUACCUCCUCUGGUGACCUCCUGGUUGUCAUGGACAGUGAUGAUAAUAAACAAACAAAAGUUGUGUGUUACUCUGGCUCCACAGAGAAAGAAAGUAUUCAGUACGACAAAGGACAACCUCUCUAUUCAUCUGGUGGAUUAUUUAACACUAAAUACAUCAGUGAGAACAGAAACCUAGAUAUCUGUGUGUCAGACUAUGGAGCCCAUGCAGUAGUGGUGGUCAAUCAGGCCGGGAAACUCCGGUUUACCUACACUGGUCCUCCCUCUACUACCAAGGAAUCAUUUGUUCCAUACGGCAUCACAACAGACAGCCAGGGUCGGAUCCUGACAGCAGACCGUGACAACCACCGUAUCCACAUCCUGGAUCAGGACGGACAGUUCCUCCGCUACAUUGACAACUGUCAUUUACAGUAUCCAUGUGGUUUAUGUGUGGACACCAGAGACAACCUCUUUGUGGCUGAGUGUGUCACAGGUAAAGUGAAGAGAAUCCAAUAUUACAUGUAAAUCAAUUAACUGCAUAAAUUAUAUGUAAACAAAUGAACCAAGUAUACAUUACAUACUGUGUGUGUAAGAUCAUUCAUGUAAAGAAACUGUUUACAUCUGAAUAUACAUGGUGUAUAUUAGAUAGGAUUACUGUGUGAUUAUAUUGUACUUACAGUCAGUAUUGCAGAUAAAUUACAGA